AUGUUGAGAAGUUCAAGGUUAUUAAUUAACAAUCUUUGUGCCUAUAAUUGUUUAUUACCAAAAACAAUAACAUUCUUUAACAAUAGUUUAACAAAGCUGCAACAACAACAACAAAGUCAAAGACAACAAUACAAUCACCACAAUAACAAAAACAACAACACAUUAUUAUUAAUAAAUAAAAAUAAUAGUUAUUUUGGUUUAAGAACUAUAAUGUCAACUUCUACUGUUAACAAUAGUGGCAAUAGUGACAGUAUUAAUAUGAGUACAGACAACAACAACAAUAACAAUAAUAACAAUAAUAAUAAUCAAAGUGAUUCAUCAUUAAAUAAACAACAUAAACAUACAAAUAGAUUAAUUAAUGAGAAAUCACCAUAUCUCUUACAGCAUGCUCAUAAUCCUGUAGAUUGGUAUCCAUGGGGUCAAGAAGCAUUCGAUGCUGCCAAACAACAAGAUAAACUAAUAUUCCUUAGUGUUGGUUAUAGUACUUGUCAUUGGUGUCAUGUAAUGGAAAGAGAAUCAUUCGAAGAUGAAACAAUUGCCAAAGUAAUGAAUGAUCUCUUUGUAAAUAUCAAAGUGGAUCGUGAAGAGAGACCAGAUAUCGAUAAGAUCUACAUGACCUAUAUCACAGAGACUUCUGGCUCUGGAGGUUGGCCAAUGAGUGUAUGGUUAACACCUGACCUUCGGCCAAUUACAGGUGGAACUUAUUUCCCACCUACAACUAAAUAUGGAAGAGGAGGAUUCCCUGAUAUCUGUAAGAAGAUUAGUACAAUGUGGAAAGAUGACCGUAAGCGUGUUCUUGAAAGUGGAGCAUCUUUUAUCACCUAUUUGAAGGAGGAGAAACCAAAGGGUAAUAAGGAUGCUGCUAUCUCUUUCGAUACUCUAAAGACUUGUCACUCUGAGAUUGUCAAGCGAUUCGAUCCAGAGUUUGGUGGAUUCUCAGAGGCACCUAAAUUCCCGAGAACCUCAAUCUUUAACUUUUUGCAUCGUGUUCACCGACGAUUCGAGUCGGACAACACUCUGGAGAAACUACACUUCACACUGGAGAAGAUGUCUCGUGGUGGAAUCUAUGACCAUUUGGCUGGUGGAUUCCAUCGUUACUCUGUCACCGAGGAUUGGAAAGUGCCACAUUUCGAGAAGAUGCUCUAUGACCAAGGACAAAUUGUCAGUGUCUAUCUUGACGCCUACCAAAUCUCAAAGAAUGAACACUUUAAGGAUGUUGCUACUGGCGUUAUCGAGUAUGUACUGAGAGAUUUGACGCAUGUCGACGGUGGAUUCUACUCGGCAGAAGAUGCCGACAGUCUCGACGACAAGGGAGAGAAGACCGAGGGUGCCUUCUACGUAUGGGAUUACUCUGAAAUCAAAAAGGCUGUGCCAGAGGAGUCGGACCUUGAGAUAUUCAACUUUAUCUUUGGAAUCAGUCCAAACGGUAAUGUCUCAGCGUCGGAAGAUCCACACGGUGAAUUCUUGGACAAGAAUAUCAUCAUGCAAUUCCACACAUUUGAAGAGUGUUCAAAUAAAUUGAAUAUUCCAGUGGAACAAGUGAAACAAUCCAUCGAAAAGUCAAAGGUAAGCUUACUCAAGUUAAGAGCUAAAAGAGCUAGACCACAUUUAGAUGACAAAAUUAUUACAUCUUGGAAUGCACUCAUGAUCUCUGCUUUGUCAAAAUCAUUUCAAUUGCUUGGUGAACAGAGAUAUUUGGAAGCUGCCAAGAAAUCAGUACAUUUCAUUAAAACCAAUCUUUACAAUGCCGAGAAGCAAACAUUGAUUAGAAACUACCGAGAGGGACCAAGUAAAGUCGAAGGAUUCACCGAUGACUAUGCAUUCUUAAUUCAAGCACUGCUCGAUCUGUAUGAAUGUUGUUUUGAUAUCGCCUAUUUGGAGUGGGCCGUUGAACUGCAAGCCAAACAAGAUAAACUAUUUUGGGAUAAAGAAGGACACGGUUAUUUCUCGAGUAGCGGACUCGACAGCAGUAUUCUCUCGCGACUCAAAGAGGAGCACGACGGAGCUGAGCCAUCCUGCCAGUCGGUGGCAUGCAACAAUUUGAUUAGAAUCGGAAAUAUGUUGCACGACGACGACUACACUGACAAUGCAUUACUACUCUUGGAAUCGGUUUCACUCUAUCUACAUCGUGCACCAAUUGUAUUCCCUCAGAUGGUUGUCUCACUCGCCAAUCACUUGGAACCAACCUAUACAUUCUCAUUUGCCGCCGACAAGAGUUCUGCUGAGUUACGUUCGCUCCUGGACACCAUCCACACUUUCUACAUGCCCAACAAAGUUUUGCUCCUCAAAGACACUGAGCAUCCUCAGGAUAUGACGUUCUUCUCAGAGCUCGACCAACACGCUAUCCUUUUGAAGUACACCAAACUCUACGACAAACCAACUCUCUACAUAUGCAGUGACGAAGGAUUUUUAAAAAACAAGUUCCGCUACGGCUACCGUGUUAUGACUUACGCAAGAGGAAAGAUUCAACCAUAUGAAAUCUAUUCAGUCUGCUAUAAAAUGAUAAAAGAAAUUAACAAUGAAAAACAAACAUUACUGGAAGAAAAACAACAAUAUGAAAUGAAAUUAAAAAUUCUUUCCUAUGAUAUAUAA